AUGGAUCAAAAUCAAUUCGGGAACGAGUUAAUAAGUUCUUACUACCUCCUGCAAUGGCGCCAUAAUUCUAAAGCCCUAACCCUAAAACCCUCCAAUCCCGGAACUGAAUCGGAUUUAGGGCGACCCAAUACGGAGGAUGAAGACGAGAAAGAAGAGUGUCCGACGGAGCUCGACACGGUGAACAGUUCGGGCGGGUUCGCCGUGGUGUGCCCUGAUAAAUUGUCGGUGUUGUACCCGAAUGUGAAUUUGCACGAUCAUGAUGUUGGAGUGGUUCAUGCUAACUGCACCGCUCCGUCGAAGCGGCUGCUUUACUACUUCGAAAUGUACGUGAAGAACGCCGGAGCCAAGGGCCAGAACUCCAUCGGAUUCGUCACUUCUGACUUCAAAGUCCGACGCCAUCCUGGUUGGGAACCAAACAGUUAUGGAUAUCGUGGUGAUGAUGGGCUUCUUUAUCGUGGACGUGAAAAGGGAGAGUCAUUUGGUCCAACGAACACUACUGGUGAUACAAAGUACACUACUGGUGAUACAGUCGGUGGUGGUAUCAACUACGCUGCACAAGAAUUCUUUUUCACGAAAAAUGGGGUUGUAGUGGGAGCCGUUUACAAGGAUGUUAAGGGUCCUGUCUUUCCUACUGUCGCUGUUCAUAGCCAAGGCGAGGAGGUUACUGUCAACUUUGGAAAGGAUCCAUUUGUUUUUGAUAUUAAAGCAUAUGAGGCAGAGCUAAGAGCAAAACAGCAAUAUGAAAUUGACAGUAUUUCAUUAACACUAUCCGCUAGUCAUGGAUUAGUUCGUUCCUAUUUACAGCACUAUGGGUAUGAAGGAACACUUGAAUUGUUUGAUAUGGCUAGUAAAAGUACUCCUCCUCCAAUUUCCUCCCUUCCAGAAAAUGGGUUCAACGAAGAAGACAAAAUGUAUGCGAUGAAUCAGAGGAGGACUCUCCGUCAGCUAAUAAGUCGUGGUGAGAUUGAUGAAACAUUUGCUAAACUCCGUGAAUUGUAUCCUCAAAUUGUUCAGGAUGACAAGUCUUCUAUCUGCUUUCUGUUACAUUCUCAAAAAUUUAUUGAGCUUCUCAGGGUUGGGAAGCUGGAGGAAGCUGUGUGGUAUGCAAGGACUGAGUUUGGAAAGUUCAAGAGGAGUUCAGAGUUUGGUGACCUGGUCAAGGAUUGUUCUUCUUUGCUGGCAUAUGAAGAGCCAGACAAGUCCACUGUUGGAUACCUUCUUAGAGAGUCUCAACGGGAGCUUGUGGCUGAUGCAAUUAAUGCAAUGAUCUUGGCAACAAAUCCUAAUGUGAAAGAUGCAAAGUGUUGCUUGCAAUCACGUCUCGAGAGGUUACUAAGACAGCUUACUGCUUGCUUUUUGGAAAGAAGGUCCUUGAAUGGAGGUGGUGAAGCUUUUGAUUUGCGUAGAAUUCUCAACAGCGGUAAGAAAGGUGCCCCUGUUUGGUAG